UGUGUGAAACUAAACUCCCGGAAAGGAAAUGACUGCUCCUGGCAACAAACAAGCGGCUUAUUGGCAGGACCGCGACGCACUAGGGCCUGCUUGUGACUCGCACGAUACAGCAAGAAAGUAGCAGGCGAUAGGCUGGCCUAGGUCGCAGGUAGCUCCACCUGCUGCGCUGAAUAUCAGCUAACAUUUUUCAGAGUUGACAGGAUAGUUUAGAACUGGCGAACAAAAGAGAAUCGCAACUUAACAGAACUUUUAACCAGGCAAAACAAUAAACAAUAAACAAGUAGUGAUUUUGAAAGCCGGUCGGAUUUACUACCGCUACUUACAGAGACGAUCUGGGACACAAAAAUGGUACUCAAAACAGAGGACGGGAUCGUUCCCGACGACCUGACCCCGGAAGAGCGGCAGGAGCUGGAGAAUAUCCGGCAACGCAAACGGGAGCUGCUGGAAGACAUUCAGCGUUUGAAGGAUGAGAUAGCAGAUGUCACGAAUGAGAUUGAGAACCUGGGAUCCACUGAAGAGCGGAAAAACAUGCAAAGGAAUAAACAGGUGGCCAUGGGCCGUAAGAAAUUCAAUAUGGACCCCAAAAAGGGAAUCCGGUUCUUGAUAGAGAAUGACUUGCUGAAGAACACCUGUGAGGAUAUCGCUCAGUUCUUGUACAAGGGAGAAGGCCUGAAUAAGACUGCAAUUGGAGAUUACCUGGGGGAGAGGGAUGAUUUCAAUAUUCAAGUUCUUCAUGCCUUUGUGGAGCUGCAUGAAUUCACGGACCUCAACCUGGUGCAAGCUCUACGGCAGUUUCUCUGGAGUUUCCGGCUGCCCGGAGAGGCUCAGAAGAUUGACCGCAUGAUGGAAGCGUUCGCCCAGCGGUACUGCCGGUGUAACCCAGGGGUCUUUCAGUCCACAGAUACCUGCUACGUGCUCUCCUUCGCAAUCAUCAUGCUCAACACCAGCCUGCACAACCCCAAUGUGAAGGACAAGCCCGUGGUGGAGCGCUUCAUUGCCAUGAACCGGGGCAUCAACGAUGGAGGGGACCUGCCAGAGGACCUGCUCCGGAAUCUGUACGACAGCAUUAAGAACGAACCCUUUAAAAUCCCAGAGGACGAUGGGAACGACCUGACGCACACCUUCUUCAACCCUGACCGAGAGGGCUGGCUCCUCAAGCUCGGUGGCCGUGUAAAAACUUGGAAGAGACGGUGGUUUAUUCUCACAGACAACUGCCUUUAUUACUUUGAGUACACCACAGACAAAGAACCCAGAGGAAUUAUCCCCUUGGAAAACCUCAGCAUUCGAGAAGUCGAAGACUCGAAAAAGCCAAAUUGCUUUGAGCUGUACAUCCCAGACAACAAAGACCAGGUGAUCAAAGCCUGCAAGACGGAGGCAGACGGCCGCGUGGUGGAAGGGAACCACACGUUCUACCGCAUCUCAGCCGCUGCCACGGAGGAGAAGGACGAGUGGAUCAAGUGUAUCAAAGCUGCGAUCAGCAGAGACCCCUUUUACGAGAUGCUGGCAGCCAGGAAGAAGAAGGUCUCCUCCUUGAAGAGGCACUAGCUCGCCCCACCACAUCUCCGCACUUCAGGGGGAAUUUGCAUUGUGCUGUCUGGCUGCCUGGCAAGCUGUGUGGGACUGUGAGGGACUCGCUUGUUCAAAGGGGGGGUGGGAUGAACAGAACUGCAGCAUGGGUUUCUGGGAGCUGGCUUUUUGCAUUUCCGCUGGGCUGAAUGAAACACUGAAGGUUUUAUCCCAGGUCUUCAGGUUCGUUUAAAUAACCUGCCUCACAGUUCUCCCUCUCUCUCUCCCCCUUUCUGUGAG